GAGACGUUAUAUAUUCAUUCUCUACUGCCCCUCAGUACAGCGAGCACUUGAGAAAAGCAGGAGCAAGCGAGCAAGAAGGGAAAGCUAGAGAUCCGAUCCAUGGAUUUCGAGGCCGCCGCGCAGGAGCCGAGGAGGGACGCGAGGAAGCUGGUGCGGUGCCCGAGGCUGCAGCUGGACGCCAAGACGGUCACGGCCGUCGAGCAGUCCACGGGCACGUCCAUCGCCGACCCGGCGCCGGCUGCCGCCGGCCCGGGCAGCGGCGCGAUGCGCGUCAAGGUCGUGCUGAGCAAGCAGCAGCUCAAGCAGGUGGCCGCGGCCGUCGCCGCCGGCGGCGCCUUCGCGCUGCCGCCCGCGCUGGAGCAGCUCGUGACCGCUCUCAAGCGCCAGCACGCCAAGAAGCAGGCGGCGGCUGCGGCCGAGGUGGCUGCUGCCGCGAGAGCGAGACGCCAGGGGCGGUGGUCGCCGGCGUUGCACAGCAUCCCGGAGGAUAUCUUCAGCUAGGCAACUUCCCUAGCUACGUGGUGUAGUCGAUUCGCAUGUAUAGCUAGCUUCCAUGGCCUCUCCAAAUUUCGUUUGGCCUAUUUCAUGCUUGGUUAAUUCCUGGGUUGCAAAUUUGCAACGUGCUAGAUCCAAAGCGAAUGCGCGCCCAACGGGUUGCGUUCCAACUUUGAAAUGCCGGAAAUUUUAAUCUGGCAUUUGGGACUUUGGGUCCAAUAUUUUUUC